CAAAGCUACCAGGCAACUAGCCGACAGGGAAACGUUGCACAGAUGAUAGCAUCUGCACAUGCAAGUGAGAUAGUAGAGAGAAGGGAGUAUCUUAGGCGAAUUGUUGCCGUCACCUCCAUGUUAGGGCGACAGGGACUCCCUUUUCGUGGCAGUGAUGAAGGCCAAGACAGCACAAACAGAGGCAACUUUCUUGCUUGCAUGGAACUUUUGAAGGAGUUUGAUCCUUUCCUUCAAAAAUAUAACCCUUCCUCAAAUGCUACCUAUAUCUCACCAACAUCUCAGAAUGAGAUGAUUGAGUGUUGUGCUCAAGAAGUAAACAGUGUCAUUGUAUCUGAGAUGACAAAGUCCAAAAUGUAUGCCAUUAUGGCAGAUGAUGCACGUUCAGAGCAACUGGCUGUUUGUUCUAUUGCAAACGAGCUGCAGCAGCAGAUCCAGAACAGUGGUCUUGCAGAGCUUAAGUGUGUAGCACAGAGGUAUGAUGGUGCAGCUGUUAUGAGUGGGUCCACUGGAGGUGUGCAGGUACAUUUUAGAAGGCUCCAUCCUGAGGCUAUAUAUGUGCAUUGUUAUGCUCAUGAGCUAAACCUGGUGUUGUGCCAUACUUGCAGGGCUGUUUCAGAGGCUGUGGAGCUUUUCAACUUGUUGGAGUGUGUGUAUUCUUUUUUCAGCACCUCCCGAGUUAAUCAUCACAAGUUCGAAGAGGCUCAGUCCAAGCUUGGCUUGACAGCAGUUGAGCUCGUACAACUUUCAAACACUCGCUGGGCAUGCCAGCUGCGAUCAAUCAAUGCAAUUCUUGAGACAUUACCUGCCAUUUUUGAGUGUCUCUCUGCCAUUGGAUCCCCCAUAGCUGUUGGUCUCAGAGCGAAGCUCUACAAGUUCUCGACAGUCUAUUCACUUCUGAUGUUUCAGAUACUUCUGUCUGUAACUGAAGGACUACACAAUUUCCUUCAGAAAGAGACUUUAAACCUGGCAGAAUCUUUUAUCAGCAAACAAGCUAUAUGUGACACACUGAGGGGCAAACGCACAGAUGUAUUUGCCACAGAGCUGUAUGAGAGAACCAAGGCCCUGUACCACACCCACAACACGUUGCGCUGGGAGAAGCAACACGGGGAUGAGCGCAGGCUGAACCGCGUCGCCACUCGGACGCCGCACGCCCGUCGCAUUAGUUGCUCUCUGCCUCCGACAGCGCCGCAGGAUUUACCGCGGAACGGCCGGAGGAGUUGGACCAGCCGGUCUCCAUUCUUGGGGGGAAGCUCCAUCGACUUGCUGGCGAGUGACAACGAGAGCGAGCAGGAGCCCGACUGUAGAGGAACGCAGAGCCAGACCGAAGCUCUUUCCUCCCCGAGCGGCUCGCCACACCUGGACCCGUCUGACGGCGGCGGCCGCCGGACCAGCGAGGCGAAGGUGUUUACAGUGUCGGCAGAACUGUAG